UUUCCCUAAUUCAUAGGAAACAAACCUCCCUCCUCCGGUGCUAAAAUAAAUAACAAUAAGAUCUACCCAUGGCCAGCAAACCAUGAAAUCUCUUGAGGCGUUUCUAGACACAAUACUAAUAUUGCUCAUCUUCGUUUAUCAGCCCUUCUGCUUGUCCCUCGUACUUGACUCCAUUACACCGAACAACACCGUCAAAGACGGCGACGUUUUGCUCUCCGGCCAAAAGACCUUCGCGCUCGGCUUUUUCAGCCCCGGUAAGUCCCGCUACCGGUACGUCGGAAUCUGGUACUACAAAGACCCCGAGAAAACCGCUGUGUGGGUCGCAAACAGAGACGAUCCUAUCAACGAAACUUCGGGAGUCUUGGCCAUCGACAGCAAAGGACGCCUCAUCAUUUAUGCGAAAGACCAAAACUCUCCUAUUUGGUCAGCAAAUGUCUCUGUCCCUUCGGAAAAAAGUAGUUCUAGUUUCAUAGCCAAGCUUUUAGAUGUUGGAAAUCUUGUUUUGAUAAAACAAGAUAACAGUACUGUUAUUUGGCAAAGCUUUGAUUAUCCCACGAACACCUACCUCCCUUUUAUGAAGCUCGGGUUGAACCGGAAAUCUGGACUGAACCGGUUCAUAUCAUCAUGGAAGUCUGCGGAUGAUCCAGGAACCGGGAACUGCACAUACCGGAUAGACUCAACAGGAUACCCACAGAUGUUUGCAUACAAAAAUAGGGUUCCUUUUUGGCGGGCCGGAUCUUGGACGGGUCAAAGAUGGAGCGGUGUAUCCACAAUGACAAAUGGGUUCCUCGACAACACGAGCUAUGUCAACAACCAAGACGAGAUAAGCGUCAUGUAUGGAAUCAGUACUGACUCAAACUCAGUUUUCUCGAGGUUCGUGAUAGAAGAAUCAGAAACCGUGCGACAGUUCACGUGGCAAGAUCAAGGUCAUGAAUGGGUCGAAUCCUGGUAUGCUCCGAAUGAUUGGUGCGACAGUUAUAAGAGGUGUGGCGGCAAUGGAAACUGUGACCCGUCUGAUGUAAGCCGAUUCGAGUGCGUGUGUCUACCAGGGUUUGAGCCCCGCUCGCAAAAAAGUUGGGAAUUGAGAGACGCAUCAGGUGGGUGCAUGAGAAAGGGCGGGGCACGCACGUGUGAGGGCAGGGAAGGAUUUUUAAAGAUGACACGUGUGAAAUUACCUGAUACGUCCAACGCACUUGUGGAAAUGGGAUUAAGUUUGAGAGAGUGCAAGAAGAAGUGUUUGAAGGAUUGCAAUUGCACGGCUUACACGAGUGUUGAUGAGACUAAGGACGGUGUUGGGUGCUUGUCAUGGCACGGGGACUUGGUCGACGUCAAGACUUAUAGCAACACUGGGUUUGAUCUAUACAUACGGGUUGAUGCAACUACAUUAGCUCAAUACACGAAGAAAUCGAAUGGCUCUGUCAGCACAAUGGGGAAGCUAGCAAUUUCGCUCUGUUCUAUUGUACUCUUUUUUCUCUUGGUUUUCAUAGCAUGUUGGUUGGUAAAGAGGAAGAGAAAAUCAGUUAAAGAAAGUCAAAGCAAAACUUUGCUCGGAAACAUUCCACCAGAGACCUUCUUGAAAGAAUCGGAUCUUGGAGAUGAUAGAGCAGAUUCCGAUGUUCCGUUAUUUGAUCUACAUACCAUUGCCGCAGCCACAGCCAAUUUCUCUGUUGAUAACAAACUUGGACAAGGUGGCUUUGGCUCUGUAUACAAGGGCAUUCUAUCUAAUGGAAAGGAAAUAGCAGUGAAACGACUGUCGAAAUGCUCCGGUCAAGGAAGUCAAGAGUUCAAGAAUGAAGUUAUGCUAAUUGCAAAGCUUCAGCACAGGAACCUGGUGAGGAUUUUAGGAUGCUGCAUUGAAGAAAAAGAGAAGAUGAUAGUCUACGAAUACUUGCCAAACAAAAGCUUGGACUGUUUCAUUUUUGAUGGAGAGAAAAGGAAAUCGUUAGACUGGCAAAAGCUCUUUAACAUAAUAUGCGGGGUUGCUCGAGGGAUGUUAUAUCUUCAUCAUGAUUCAAGAUUAAGAAUAAUUCAUAGAGAUUUAAAAGCCAGCAAUGUUUUGCUGGACACUGCUAUGAACCCAAAGAUUGCAGAUUUUGGUAUGGCUAGAAUAUUUGGAGGAGAACAAAUCGAAGCAGAUACAAAUCGGGUUGUUGGGACCUACGGAUAUAUGUCACCAGAAUAUGCUAUGGAAGGGCGGUUUUCAAUAAAAUCAGACGUAUAUAGUUUCGGGGUUUUGCUACUCGAGAUCAUUGCAGGCAAGAAGAACACUAUCUACUACGAGAAUUUCGACUCAAAUUUAGUUGGACAUGUAUGGGAUUUAUGGAUAGAAGGUAAAGCGCUAGAAAUAAUGGAUUCAUCUUUGGAUAAAUCAUACGCUAGUGAGGCUUUGAGAUGCAUCAUUAUUGGGCUUCUGUGCGUGCAAGAGCUCGCCACUGAUCGACCAACCAUGUCGGCCGUUGUUUCCAUGUUGGGUAAUGAUUCAGCUCUUCCGCGACCAAAACAGCCUGCAUUUGUAUGUAAAAGAAGCUAUACAAGCGGAGAUCCAUCAACUAGUGGAGGAGCCAAGUCUGUAACAUGUACUGAGGUAGAAGCUCGUUGAAGGAGCUUUUAUGAAGUUCACACCGUCAAGUAAACUGUAAAUUAAUUAGUUACCAGUAUGUUCUUAUAUUAAUUAGCUUUAGACAACCGAAUCCGUACAUCAUAUAUAG